GCGAUGACACUGGAGGCAAAGUAGAACGCGCUGCCCUGUGCCCAUGGACAACGGGAGAGGACGGGGCUGAGGGGCGGAAUGGCCUCCUCGGUGGUCAGAGCCACGGUCCGGGCCGUGAGCAAGAGGAAGAUACAGGCCACCCGGGCCGCCCUUACUCUGACUCCAUCAGCUGUACAUAAGAUAAAAGAGCUUCUUAAAGAUAAACCUGAUCAUGUAGGUGUGAAAGUUGGAGUCCGUACAAGGGGGUGUAAUGGACUUUCAUACACAUUAGACUAUACAAAAACAAAAGGAAACUCUGAUGAAGAAGUAAUUCAAGAUGGAGUCAGAGUGUUUAUUGAAAAGAAAGCACAGCUGACACUUCUAGGAACUGAAAUGGACUAUGUAGAAGACAAACUAUCCAGUGAAUUUGUUUUCAAUAAUCCAAACAUCAAAGGAACAUGCGGCUGUGGAGAAAGCUUUAACAUUUGAAAUCUCAGGACUAUUACCUUGGCUUUUAACACCAUGAAACACUUCUUCAUCAGUGUGACUUUUUAAAGCUGUCACAUUUCUUUCAGGUUUUUAGGCUUUGUAAAGUGUGGCUGCAUUUCAAGGAAAAUAAAGUGAAUGCAUUUGGAAAUGUAACCUGGGUGUUAAAUUUCAGCACUGGUGUAUUUAUGCAGUAAUUUGGGGUGAAUUUGGCUCUAGACGGAAGAACAGCGAGGUGCAGUAGCACUUCUGUGUGUUGAUAUGUGAAAGGAAAUCUCAAUAUUUCUCCUUUUGUCAUUUCCCUCUCCUUCACCCCUGCCAGCCCCCAAAAAGUGUUCUGUAAGAACACACACUGUAUGUAUCCUGCUUUAAUUAGAAGAAAACGGUAGGAAUGUAUAUGUAUGAAUAGGCUUAAAAAUUAAUUUACUCAUUUAAAAAGAACACACACACAAAAGAAGGUAUGCAUCUGACAGAGGUUUCUAGUGUCUUCACCCCUUGAUACUUGAGUAUGGAUUUACUAGUGAUCUGUUCUCAAAGAAAAAUUAAUAAGCUCUAAGAGUGAGGAAAUCCUUAUGUUAUGUCACCAACCGUGGUUACAUGUUGGAAUGAGCUAAUUCAAGUCUCCAAAAUUAUGCUCACCCUUUCAUUUUGAGUUAUCUUAGUGCCUAUGUAAAUGUCUUCCUUUCCUUGUAGCAAGCACAAUCUCCUUGCUGCAGCCAGGAAGACCAGUAGUGUGGUGUUCAAGAAUAAUGCAACAUCUUCAAUCAUUUGAAUGUUAAGGCAGAAUGUGCACAGGCCUCCUUUUCCGAUAUCCCAUUUGUCUGUCUUUUCCUCCAGUUGACCAAGAUAGCAAAAUUCCAAACUGCUUCCAACCUAGGUCCUCACUUUUUGCGGUACAUGUAUGUAUUCCCCCUAUGCUGUCUGGUCACCCAAGGAAGUUGUUUUAUGAUGGUGGAAGGAAUUUUGUCACUUUCCUGUGAUCACACUCAUGACUGACUUUCUUUCAGAGCUCAAACCUCAUUGGUAACUUGAGUAGAUGUUAGGCUUUCCCUGGUAAGGUUGACUCUAAAUUCUGUUCAACAAUUGUUUGGGGUGAAGGUAACUUUGUAAAAGGAAAAUUUCGUUGUAGCUUAAAAAACACUUCAGAAUCUUUGACCUAUAUAAAAUCAAUGACAUUAGCUUUUUUGUUAAACCAAUACUGGCAUUAAUUUAAAGGAAGACAAAACGUAUUGCUUGGAAGAAGCCAUUUGCUUUGAUAGAAACUAGUUUAAUCCCCCUCUCGCUCAUUAAGAUCCCUCCGGAAAGCCAGGGUAAUUUAAGUGCACCUUGCAGGAGGAGUAGAGAGGGGAAGAAGCUAUUUUUACUAGAGUAGUUGAGCUGAAAGUUUGCCAAAAAGAGGGUGGGGGGCCAGGGAGAAAGGGGGGAGACAGAGGUGGAAGCACAAGGAAUACCUGAAUGCUUGCUUUAAAUAAGGAAGGAGUUGGAGUGGGGGAAGGAGAUGGGACUGAAUAAGGCAUAAAGCCUGGAGACUGACUAUGCGGGGUGAAUUCAUUCUGGAGAGCUGUUUAUUGGUACUUGAGAGGGAGAACUGUGGACUGUUACCUGUUGAGGGAGUGGAAAUGUAGCUAGAACUGGCUGAGGGAGGAGGAGAUAAAUCUAUGGCAUCCUCCCUGCAGUAGGCAGCACAGCCCACAAGAAUAGAAGGUUGAAGCUUCCACGUGUACUGCUUAAUUAAUAUUCAUACUUGAAUUUUAAUUAUUUUGUAAUGUAUGCAAUUUUGAUGUAAAAACACUGGAGUUCUCCUUUAUCAGCUGUCAUACACAAAUAGUUGCUUUAUUAUAUAUAGCUGUUAUAGAACAGUAACAAAGUAUAUAGGGAAAACCUGACAACAAGCUCAGUAGAUUUGAAUUUCUAAUGCCACAGUCCUCCAGUCCUGCCAAAAAAAUCAAGUCCAUGUGGCACUGUAGAGCUAAUGUCUAAAAUAGUCCCCAUGAUAGACUAAUGCUCUCAUUUGUAAAUCUAUUCUAUACUGGAAAGUUUAAAAAAAAAAAAAAAA